AUGGAAUCGAUCUCAGCUGAUACUAUUAUUGCCAAGAUCGAAAGGAAUGAAAUUCCUUCAAUAGAAGACAUCAAAUACAUCAAUGAGACAGCUACACAAAUGUUCAGAACGAUGCCAAACGUUAUUCCUGUUCAAGCUCCAGUUGUCAUCUGUGGAGAUAUCCAUGGCCAGUUCGAAGAUCUCAUGGAAUUGUUCAAGAUCGGUGGCAAAAUACCAUUUACAAACUAUCUUUUCAUGGGUGACUACGUAGAUCGUGGAGCCAAAUCUGUCGAAACAGUUUCUUACCUUUUUUGCUUAAUGAUUAAGUAUCCAAAGAACAUCACCCUCUUAAGAGGCAACCACGAGAGCGCCGGUAUCUCACAGGUUUUCGGCUUCCGUGAUGAAGUUGUCAACAGAUAUGGCGAUGAUACAGUUUGGAAGAUUUACACCGAAACAUUCUGCAAUAUUCCAAUUGCAGCCCUUAUCAAUGAUAAGAUAUUAUGCGUCCAUGGCGGUUUAUCACCAUCUCUUCGUACAAUCAAAGAUAUUCAAUCUCUUGACAGAUUCACAGAGAUUCCUCACAAAGGACCUCUUUGCGAUCUUGUCUGGAGUGAUCCUACACCACAACCAGGCUUCCGUCCAUCAGAACGUGAUGCAGGCUACCAAUUUGGCCCAGAUAUUACAAAGCGCUGGAACGAAGAGAACGGAUUAGAACUUACAGCAAGAGGACACCAGCUUGUCAUCUCUGGUCUCGAAUAUAAUCAUAACAAUCAAAUUGUUACUGUUUUUAGCGCUCCAGACUACUGUGGCAGAUGCGGAAACUUAGGUGGUAUACUUGAGCUAGACGAGAACCUCAAGAAGAAAGAUAUUCGCUUCCCAACAGCUACAUCUGUUGAAACUUCCCAUGAAGAUAUUCCAAAGUACUACUCUUUCACUGAUAUCGAUUAUGAUUGGUAA